AUGUAUGAUAAAUUUGGCUUUUCAUGGACAGAGGUAAAACGAAUAAGUGAACUAGCAUGCCAUGGGUUGUCUCCAAAUCAUCCACUCACUUCUCACUCCACACUUUUAGAGGAAGCACCACCUAAUCUCCGAAUAACUAGAUGUGUGUGCAUAUGUUUGGUGAAUUGUUCAGUUGCGGAAGAGCAAACAAUUUACAGAGAGAGCAAAAAAUCCAGAAACAAUGAAGCCAGAGAGAUGUCUUCUCACUCCCGUAGGUGUGUAAACACCGUCUACUCUGUGAUGGUCAAAGCGGACAACAUCAACUGGGCGGAACUCCAAAAAAGAAAAAAGUACGAUUUAAAUGAUCGGCUUCUUCAGUCUCCACAACCUGUGCUUCUAUCGUCUAUCCCUUCUAGACGUGUGGAAGGAUGUCAAAAGGUCAUGCGUGAAAAAAUUCUGGACAGUCUUAGAAUUUUGCUUAGCCUUAAGGGUCACCUGUUAUACGCUCAUGCCUUACACUAUGCUACUGCUGUUCAGCAGAGGCGAUUAGAUGAACUAAUAAUAGAAUACAAAGUGAAAAGAGAUAAUCCUCGUUUUUUGAUCAUGGAAAAGUCGAAUAUUCCUUCCAUUAUUUUGUUCCAAAUAUCUUAUUCGAAAUGA